AUAGACGGGUCGGGUUGCAAGAGCAAGGGAACAGAAUGGGCGAGUCGAGUAAAACCCUCGAAGAAAACCCCUAUUAGGUCCUAAAACCCCUCAGCGGCUCUGCCAAGUUCCUACUCUCUCCGCCACUCUGUGUGCGUGAAAAGCGAAUAGGUGCUUGGACUUCCUUCUUCAGCUUUCCAUGGCUUCCGUCGCUCUCAGAAACCCUAACUCCAAGCGCCUUCUUCCAUUUUCCUCUCAAAUCUACUCUUGCUACAGAGGAGCCAUCCCCGCCGCUGGUCCUUCACUCUCCGAUUCCAUCUCUGGACAUGACAAAUCUUAUACUCCGCUUCCAUGGUGGAGAUCCAUGGCCACCUUCACUAGAACGAAACCUCAUGUGAAUGUAGGAACAAUUGGACAUGUUGAUCAUGGAAAGACUACUCUCACUGCUGCAAUUACGAAGGUUCUAGCAGAAGAAGGUAAAGCUAAGGCUAUAGCUUUUGAUGAGAUUGACAAGGCUCCUGAAGAGAAAAAGAGAGGAAUUACAAUUGCAACGGCUCAUGUAGAGUAUGAAACUGCUAAGCGACACUAUGCACAUGUUGACUGCCCAGGACAUGCAGAUUAUGUGAAGAACAUGAUUACUGGAGCUGCCCAAAUGGAUGGGGGUAUUUUGGUCGUAUCUGGUCCUGAUGGGCCCAUGCCACAGACCAAGGAACACAUUUUGCUUGCACGCCAGGUUGGUGUACCAUCACUUGUGUGUUUUUUGAAUAAAGUUGAUGCUGUUGAUGAUGAAGAGUUGUUAGAUCUUGUCGAAAUGGAGCUCCGCGAGCUCCUAAGCUUCUACAAGUUCCCUGGGGAUGAGAUCCCAAUUAUUCGGGGUUCAGCUUUGUCAGCUUUACAAGGCACUAAUGAAGAGAUUGGCAAGAAGGCUAUUUUGAAACUAAUGGAGGCUGUGGAUGAGUACAUUCCUGACCCUGUGCGCCAACUUGACAAGCCCUUCCUAAUGCCAAUUGAAGAUGUUUUCUCAAUUCAGGGACGUGGAACCGUUACCACCGGCCGUGUUGAGCAAGGUACCAUUAAAGUCGGUGAUGAAGUUGAGAUUCUGGGAUUAAUGCAGGGUGCUCCUUUGAAAACUACAGUGACUGGUGUUGAGAUGUUCAAGAAAAUCUUGGAUCAAGGUCAAGCUGGUGACAACGUGGGUCUUCUUCUCCGAGGCUUAAAACGGGAAGAUGUGCAGAGAGGACAGGUAAUUGCCAAGCCAGGAAGUGUCAAAACGUACAAGAGGUUUGAAGCAGAGAUAUACGUCCUCACAAAGGAUGAAGGUGGACGUCAUACAGCAUUUUUCUCAAACUAUAGGCCUCAGUUUUAUAUGAGGACUGCAGAUAUCACUGGAAAAGUAGAAUUGCCUGAAAAUGUUAAGAUGGUUAUGCCUGGAGACAAUGUGACUGCAGUUUUUGAGUUAAUUCAGCCUGUUCCUCUUGAAGCAGGACAAAGAUUUGCCUUGCGGGAGGGAGGUAGGACAGUUGGUGCAGGAGUGGUUUCAAAAGUACUGAGUUGAGCUUCUAUAUGAUCAUUAUCACUGGCAAAAGCUAAGAGAAAAAAAGAACAUAGGGUGUAAUACAGAAACUGUUCGCUUCGAAAUGUUGAUUUUUUUUUUUUUUCUCCGUUUUGAAAUGAGUAGAUUAAGAGAGGGAUCUUGCACCCUGUUUACCAUUUUCCAUUUGAUUUUCUUUUCGAAUUGUAUUAUCAUAAAUAAUUUUCCAGUUUGUCAAACAGUUCUGGUUCUCAACCAAUAUUGAACAUGCUGCCAGAUGCACUCUACCAUCGAAUUAGUUUCUCCAGAAAGUUAUUUUAGCUCUCCAA